AUGAUAGAGAAAGGAAAAAUUAAUCUUCAAUAAUAAGUGUCAUAAAAUACUCAACUAGAUAAGUUUAAAAGGAAAAUUACCUUUCUCUAAUUAGUCCUUUGCCACAACUCAACUAUAAAAGCUGCAGCUGCUCUUAGUAAAAUCAAUUUUGCAACAGCAAAGGUGAUUUUAAAAAAGUUUCGUAAAUUCGGGUCCAUUAAAAAUUCACAUCAAGGUUUAUAUACCACACAUAUAAUAGAUUAUGAAAAACAAAUAGAGUUACUUAAAGAAAUUUCUUCUAUUAAAUCUGUAAUCAAAUAGGAGAAAUUGUAAAAGAGAGAGUAGGAAUUCCAGAUGCUGAGUUAAAAAAUAAAAACUAUUCAACCUUAAAACAAAAAGAAGGAGCUUACAAAUACAAAUGAUGUUAAUUUUUAACUUUAAGUUUACUAACAGGAACUUCAAUAAGAAAAAUAGAAAUAAUUCGAAUUAGUGAAAUCUAUUCUAAUGGAAUAGAUUAAGUUAAUGAAGUAAAAGUUUACCUACAAUUGA